UUCUAUUAUUGCGAAUGGCAUAUUCAAUUAAAAGCAGAACGUUUUUCAUAGUGCAAAUGCAGAAAUUUCCUUGAAUUUAUGAAUUGAAUAGUUUUGUUUGCUAAAAUGAAGCGUAUCAGCGAAAAGAAACUGGAGGCGUUUGCCGUUGGGAACAUGGGCAAACGCACUUUGUCCAAAAAAGAAUUAGAAGAACAGAAGAAAAAAGAGGAUGAGGCAGCGGCGGCCCAUGUGUUUAAAGAGUUCGUUGAAACUUUCCAAGAAUCCCCCAGUGCCUCGUCUAAAGUUUGGGUGAAGGCAGGUACAUACGAUGCCGGCUCGCGACGCGAGGAUAAUCGAGAGAAGGGCAAGUUAUACAAGCCCGGAUCAAAGCUGGACGAAAAAAGUGCUGCAGAAAAAGCUCAAGAAUAUGCCAAAAUGCUAGCUUCCGAUCUCAAAAAGGAUUCAGUUCCACUUAAAAAGAAGAGCCAGGAAAAGAAAAAGAGCAAUUUGGAAUUAUUUAAAGAAGAAUUGAGACAAAUACAAGAGGAACGUGAAGAGCGUCAUAAAUAUAAACAUUUAGCUGGCCAGGCGGUAGUACAACAAGUCGUUGAAACUGCACCAGAAGCACGGGAAACCGGAUCUUUUGAUACUGGGGACCCUAAUACAACUAAUCUAUAUUUGGGAAACCUCAGUCCUAAGAUCUCGGAACAACAACUUAUGGAGAUUUUCGGUCGAUAUGGCCCCCUUGCUAGUAUAAAAAUCAUGUGGCCCCGCUCUGAGGAGGAAAAACAACGUGGCCGUAAUUGUGGCUUUGUAGCUUAUAUGAGUCGCAAAGAUGCCGAAAGAGCACUGAAAACACUAAAUGGUCGAUACAUUAUGGGCUAUGAAAUGCGUUUAGGUUGGGGCAAAUCCGUACCUAUUAUGAAUCAACCUAUUUUUAUACCACCCACGCUUUUGGAGCUAACAUUGCCACCACCACCAUCCGGUCUACCGUUUAACGCACAACCUCCACCUGCAGAUGCGCAAACUUUGCCAAGAAUCAACUAUAAAGAAUAUACCACAGAUGAAGAGAAAGAGAAUAUGGAGAAAAUUCUUUAUAAAUCUAUCGUGAAAGUAUUCAUUCCAACCGAAAAAGCUGUGCUCAAUAUUAUUCACCGCAUGAUCGAAUUUGUCAUACGUGAAGGCCCCAUGUUUGAGGCAUUGAUCAUGAGUCGAGAAAUAGAAAAUCCAUUAUUUUCAUUUCUAUUCGACAAUGAAAGCCCCGCACAUAUUUAUUAUCGUUGGAAGCUAUUCUCUCUACUGCAAGGCGACACACCCGCAGAAUGGAAUGAGAAGGAGUUUCGAAUGUUCAAAAGCGGUCCGAUUUGGAAGCCGCCUAUAGCGAACUUUUAUACCAUGGGCAUGCCUGAUGAACUGGUCGUUGAUCCCGAUGCAACUGUUGUACACAAGGGUGCACUUUCAAAUGCCCAACGUGAUCGGCUAGAAGACCUCUUGCGUCAUAUUACACCAGAACGCUCGCGUGUAGGUGAUGCAAUGAUAUUUUGUAUUGAACAUGCCGAUGCUGCAGAUGAAAUUUGUGAAUGUAUCGCCGAAUCAUUGUCUAACCCAGACACAUUGGCAUCGAAGAAAAUCGCACGUCUCUACCUGAUCUCAGAUCUUCUGCAUAACUGCACUGUAAAAGUCUCAAAUGCUUCGUUCUUCAGAAAAGCUAUUGAAAAACAUUUGGUAGAAGUCUUCGAAAAUAUGCACAAUUUUUUCACAUUAAUGGAGAGUCGUCUAAAGGCAGAGGGCUUAAAAUCACGUGUUAUCAAAGUGAUACGCGCUUGGGAGGAAUGGACAAUAUAUCCUAAAGAAUUUUUGGCUAAAUUGAAGGGUGUGUUCUUGGGCAAGCAGAUUGUGCCAUCACCACCACCAGUCGAAGACGUCGUUGAAGAAACGCCCGAAGAUAUUGAUGGUGCUCCAAUGUCCGGCGAUGAAAAGGAUGAUGAAGAUUUAGAUGGCGUGCCAUUGGAUGGGGCAGCUUUACUGAAGAGCGCGCUGAUGCGCGGCCUGCCGGAAGCAAUGUCGAUCCAGAAAAGCACACCAACGCAGCGAGGCCUAGGCAUCGAUGAGGAAGAUGAUGAUAUCGACGGUGUACCAUUGGACGAAGAUAUCGAUGGCAUACCUUUGGAGAAACUGCCACCUGAGCUUAGUGACUCUCAGUUGAAAGCUAAUGCAAAAGGCGGCGCAUUUAUACCAUCAAAGUGGGAAACAGUUGAUCCCGAACAAGUUGAAGCACAGGCAAUUACCACUAGCAAAUGGGAUACACUGGAUCCGCCGCAAGCACCAAAGUUCUAUGACUCUAGCGACGACGAGCAGAAUAAUAGCAAUAUUGCACAGAAUUACGAUGAUGAUAAACGCACAAAGUUGCGUGAAAUUGAAGUGAAAACGAUGCAAUAUCAAGACGAGUUGGAAGCGGGCAUGCGACAACUAAAAUCUGGCUGGACCAUAAGUGAGCAAGUGGAGCAUUUUAGGCGAAAGCUGCUGAAAAAGGAUAACGAUGCGACGGAUUCUCCGCUCACUUUUGUGAAUACAAAAGACAAUCGGCGUGGCAGUGAAUCUCCGGAUAGUACAAGUAAGCGUGCGCGACGCCUUAAACGGUCACCAUCGCCGGUACAAUAUCAAAGCAGCAGCUCGCGUUCUUCACCAGCACGAUCCAGCUGCAAGCGCUCACGUUCGCCAUACACCACACGGCGCGAGAUUUCACCUGCUUCUAGCAGCACGCGGAGCGCUAAAACCUCAAGACGCAAUCGAUCACGAUCGCCUUCAGACUCGCCAAAACGGUACGCUGAACGUACAUCGUACCUAUCAAAGUCAACUCGCUACGAAAAUUCACCACGUCCGCGUAGAUCACCUUCGCCCGGGUACAGUUCAUCGCGUUCGUUGAAACGUGAUGACCGAGAGCGCGAACAUCGCAGCGAGAAACAUAAAAGCAGGCAUAAGCAUUAGAUUCAGCAUUAGUCUAGUAGAAAUCAUUUUAUAAUUACGCUAGGGUUAUAUUGCAUGUCUCCUUAACAAAUAAAAAUAUUAAUAAUGAUAU